AGUGCGCGUGCAUGCUGCCACUGGCCUGAAAAAAAAAAAAGGAUGGACGUCUGGGGUCUCACUGGUGAACGUUUUCAGUGCUAGACUUGCUUGAUGUGGUUGUUUAUGGCUCUCACUGUGUUGCCCAUUGUGGUUUGGAAUAUGUGGACACGUGCUGGGGCCAAGGCGAGGCUGAAGCGUCUGCCAUCGUUCUCUCCCGACUCUGAUCCGUUAACCUACACCCAAGACAAUGUGUCCGUGCGCAUGCUCAGUUCACGCGGCGAGGAGACGAUAUCCGGGAAGCUGGAAAUCACAAAGGAGAAGCACGGACAUGUCGUGACGUGGUUGGCAUACCCACCGCCAUCGGCGGCCAAGGAGCAACCGCAGCGGUACGACGAGGACUCCGCCGGUGUCUGGGAGGACCUGACUGCCGACAGCGCUGUCUCGUACCAUGUGGGGGGCAAGGACAGGUGCCGAUCACCCGACUCUGUGAAGAUCAAGAAGGAGAACGGGACCUCAGCGGGUGACUCGCCCUCGCCUGGGCCACACUCCACCGUAUCGUUUGAGGUGACCGACCUCACCUCGUACCGGUGUCGCCAGGUUGCCGACACGCACGAGCUCACGCUGAACCUGAGCGACGGCACGCGCCUCCCCACCUUCAUUUUCAUCGAGCGUCGUUACGAGCACUUCAUUCGUGCCCUGCACGAACACAUCUCCUUCAAAAGGAGCGACCCGGCGGACCCGUACUCCCUCGUCUAUGCGACUCCACGCCAGGACAUGAGCCCAGCCACAGAGCAAGUCGCCGAAAAUGCUGCAAGCCAUUCUGCGAGCCAACCUGCGAACAAUUCUGCGAGCCAUUCCAGCAGCACUGCAGACAGCACCACCACUACCUCUAGGCCUAUUCUGGCGAACCCUCCGCACGCCAUUCAGCUUUUCGUAUCGCGGGCCCCGAACGUCAUCGUCCAAAGCCAGCCAGAUGGCCAGACACGGCUAGUGCCCCAGCAAGCCAUGCGGCUUCUCCUAAGCCAGGGAAGCCAUCCCCCGAUCAACGGUCAGCAGUCGCAAGUCGCGCCGCACCCCGUACGACUUGUGGUUCAGCAGACGCCACCACCUCCACCGUCCCCUCAGCCGCAGUCUGUGGUGCCCUCGUUCCCCAGUGGCUUGGUCAUAAGUGACGUGCGUAGCCAAGCCCCCGGCCAGUCCGGAAGCCCGCUUCCCAAGCCCCUCCAGGGUGUCCGCAGGAGGGGUCCGCACUGGCCUACGGAGGAGAAGAUGGAACUGCUGGCGUUGCUGAAGAAGCGCCGGAUGCUGAUCAACCCUCGUCUGGCAGAGGGCAUCACCAAGAAGGACAAGCUCGAGGGGUGGAAAGAGGUGACGGACAUUCUGAACAGCCACCAUCCUGGUGGCCGCUGUGUCGCCGAAGUGAAGAAACAGUGGCAGAACCUGUUCCUCAAGGCCAAGAGGGAGCGGCGGGAGCUUUUGAGCGAUGGCUCAAAGAACGAUGCAGAGUUGACGUCGGCACAGUUCACCGGACUGUCCCUGAAGGUAUUCGAGACCUUCGGGGAGAAAUACCACUGGCGGGAUGAUGACACACAGAUGGAUGUCGAUGCGAGUGACUCCAUCUUGGGCCCUUCAUCCUGCCUCGAGCAAGACGCUCCAUAUCUGUCCGAGUCGCACCACCCUGAAGUCAUAUUGCUCUCAAGGUCUCCAGACCCUUCGGAGCUGGCUGGCCAACUCACUGACGACUCCGACCACAAGUUUGGUGCCACAAUGAGCAAUGGAGACAGCAGCCAACUGUGCGACCAAAGCCUAAGCGGCGAACAUCACAUGGCUUCGGAGUGCUCGACGGGCAUGAAUCGGGCGCCGAUGCAAUUCAAGAGGGAACCCGAAGACCCGCCGGAACCGAAGCGAGAGUGCUGGCCGGAAAACGCCGCCAGCGGUAGCGAGGAUGACCGCUCGACCAUGUGGGACGCCCGCCACGUGCGGACGGACUACGUGGGCGGCCAGUCGAACAAUGGGACCACCUUCUUGGGCUCGAUUGCAAAGAUGUGCGACGCCGUCAGAAGGCGGCGAGCGAGGUUGUGACCUUGAAGCGGCGAGAGCACAAGAUGAAGAUGUCGGUGCUGAGGGCAAAGAUGGAGUAUUACGAGACGAAGAGGAGGAAGCUGCAGCAGUCUGAGGGAGGUGGUGGUGCAGCAUGACUAGGUUUUACUGCAUAGAAGAGUUGGUAUGCGUGAGGUAGUAGCGUGACUGGAGUUUUGCAGGGAAGGGAAGGCUGUGGAAACUGUGUUUCGCUUCGACUUCUCCUAGUAACUGAGCCUGUAAAUGAAUUGCUUCAUAGAAAUACAACCUUGGAAAAAUGUCCUGGAUAAUUUGCGGCAAAGUAUGGAAUGUUGCGUAAGGGGGGGAACGGGUGCAAAUGGGGCUGUUCUGAUGAAACUGCUGACUUGUUUGCACUCGAAUUUCACGCAGACAUGUAAUUUUGUAGCACACUUUACCGAAAACCGUGUUUGGAUACAGCACUUUUGCUGUCUCAUUUAGAACAAGCCACGACUGCAUAUCUGCAGCGAUACGGAACCGAAAAACAAAGUAAUAGCCGCAGUGAUAUGAACAGCGGCACUGUCUGACUGCUCAGGCGAAACAUAAGGCACAGCGUGUUGCUGCGACACUCACAGAUGGCAGCCCUGUUCCGCAGCAGAGAAAACCGAACAUUUUGCAUCCAGCACCGUCACGGGCAAAGACUUUGGAUAUAUUCUGCAUGAAGCAGGGAAGUGCUGCAUCCAUGCAAUGUUGGCAGACGAAGUGCACUGUGAAAUUCCAUAUCUGUGCAAAAUAUUGUCCCAAAUGAGCUAGUGGUUUAUCGGAGUCACUUAUAAUGGACUGUCUAAUUUAUGCAGCAUAUUGUUUGGUGCCAAAUUUGCUUCAGUUUCAAAUUUGAAACGGCUAUUUCAGGGGGGUCUCCUACGCAAAGCAGCAGGGCGGGAAUGGCAUUUGGCAGAUACCUUUGUCAACUGGCAUCAUUGCUAUUGUAGGUGCUAAGCUGAAGUAAUUAUGGUCAACAGCCAGUGACUAAUAUUAAAUGAAUUGCUUUUUUUACUCUGCACAAUUUACAUCUACUAGGUGACGAUGGCUAAGCUAUUGGCCGAUAUUUGAACGAAAGUCGUUGUGGUGCCAUUUUAUUUUACAUGUUUAACGAAGUGUGCAUUUAUAGGGGGCCAGGCGAGGUGCUGGACCUGCGUAGCUAUAAUGACAACGUCCUAGGUGUCACCACAACCUACAUAUAGUGUUUGUUAAUACCAUUGAUUUCUGUUAAAUUUAUCAAAAGAGAACUACUUGCAAGAGUUUCAGCUAGUGUUUUUCUGCCAGUUUACUUCCCAUUACUAAUGGAUUUACCAAUGAGUAAGAGAAAUAAUGAAUUUUUAAUUGUUAUGCUGUUGAUUUUUAGUGAGAAAGAAAGAAACUUGAAUCAAAGAAGAAACUUGAAUCAGCGCUAAAGGUUCUAUUUUAUUGUUUCUUUCAAAUGUGGAUAAGUAAAUUGCUAGGACAACUUGAGACUUAAUUUUUCUUGAAAAGCGACUUUGUUGGGUCUUGCAGCCCUUCAUUGUGCAAACAUGUUGCGUGCAGUGGCACCACAGCCUUCUCCUCAUUGCUGGCGUAGUAGAAUCAUACCCAUGUUUCGCACUUUCCUUAAUUCCUUUGAGUGUAGGCUGUGUACACUUCUCUCUCCCAAUGACAACUUGUUUAUAUUUUUUUAUUUACAAUGGCAUUGCUAGUGUUCGUUCACCAAAGUAUGUGCCUCCAAUCUCGAUCUAUUUGUGUAGGUGUGUUACGUGUUGUGGCACAUUCACAUUGGCGAGUGCAAGAGAUCGUGCGACCGUAUCGACUGGUUUCUUCAAUUGGAAAAGUGACUUGUUUCGGGUCACUUCUUGAUUUUUCAGCACCUUAACUUUCAAAUUGUGUAGUUGGUUACCCAUGCAGCAGUGCAUUGAGACGGUGCCUUAGAAUAAUAUGCUCUUUGAUGCGGCUGCUUAUCUUAUGUCUCGUAUUAUGAAUGCAGCCAAUUUUUCUGCAGUAGAAUCUGAAGUAGUGUCUUAGUUCAAGUUAGUUGGUCAUUCACAUCGAAGGGAAAACACAGUGAUGCAGGACUGCGUGGACAAAUGCACAAGCUGACAGAACAUGCGCCAGCUGUUAUGUGGAGUUUACUUGCGAAAGAGCGUUUGCUUUCAAGAUCGAUCGUACUGUGUUUUAUUUUAUGGAAGUUGUACUUUUAUGCGAAGAAGGACUUACUUUUAAGAUCGCUGAUAAUUUAUUUUAUAAUUGGAUAUCUUACAUUGAGCCUAGCAGUGAUAUUGCCAGAAACGUAAUUAGUAUAGUUUGCAUAUCUCCUGUCAGCUUGUUGUUUUGUCAUCUUUUUCUGCCCCACUCUUUAUCCUAUAAAUCUUCAGAAUGUUUUUUUUUUAUUUCUUUUCUACAAAGCCAUAGUUUGUUAGAGUUUAUUAUAGAACUGACGUCUCCAUAGCACACACCAGGACAGGCAUCUAAUUCCAUCAUCAAAACUCUGGAGCAAUCAGACGAUAACGAAAGUGAAGUGAAAGAUAAGCAGUGUGCUGCAGAAGGCAGAUGCAAAUUUGCUAGGGUAACUAGCGAGCAUUAUCUUUUGCUUACGCGAGAUAAGACGCAUGUGAAGACAUUUUAUAGGGCCUUUUGUGUUUCCAUUGCACCAUGGGAAUACAAAACUCAAUUUGGGUGAAAUCGUGCACCGUAUUGUGGUUGUCAUCUUUGUGGAGGCUGCACCCUCUGAUUGGCUCAAGAAGCAGAAGUGUGUGAGUCAGUUCAAUCAUGAUGAAACGUGUUAAUGCGCAGGCCUUCUGGGUAUAAAAGAUUGCAAAGGCAUUACUGCAAGUGAUACAUUUCUACAGUGGUAAGCAUGUUAAGAUAAUGUGCUGUUGGUCUGCUUGCACUUUUUGUAGUAUGUCAAGCUAAAUUAUUUGCUGCUCUUUUGCUGUUGGCCACCACAUUCCUUGCGCGAAAAUACAAAUGAAAUGGAUUCAUUCAUAUGUGAUUUACUAAAGCUGCCAUGUUUGCCAUAUCAGUCAACCAGGUUACGUUCUGUAGGCAUUGCAGGGACAGGAAUCGGGGUACAGUCCCAAGUGUAAAUGUGGUAAUUACACUAAUUUCGCGAACUUUAGUUGAGAAGAAGACUCUUCAGGACAGUGACGUGCAGGUGGGAGUUGCUGGUGCAGGGUCGACGUGAGCACUGACAGUCGCUAGUCGCAUUCGGUUGCAUGACCUCCUCUCAUUUGCUGGUGUGAGUAAGCCUUUCUGAUUGCUGUAUAGUGCGCAGUGCGGAAUUUUGCGUGUGUGGCACGGACGAGUGCAAACAGUGCCAAUAUUGUAAACUUGCAGUCAUUUCUCUUAGCUUGUGGCAAUUUUUUCUUGAACUUAUCAUUGUUUGUCACAGGAUCAUUGUUUGUCAUAGUCAAUCAUCAUAGAGGCACCUCGUGGCAACUACUUCAUGAAGGACAGAUUACCAUUUCUUUGCACUUAAUGAUCGCACAGAUGCUGGAGUCGUCAUUUCGAAUGGUUGGUCACACAUCUUUCCGAGUCACAUGCUCCACAGUGAAUAAAUGUCACGAGUGUAUUAUUGCUCCACUAUUUCUCCUUUCUUUUCGGGUGCAAAGAUGGUUAAAGGGGUUGUACUAUGUAUUUUAGCCCUUAAAAACGUUCACUAGUUCAGAAGAGUUAGUAAUUUUCUAGUGGAAGCUAAAGAUGCACCCAGUUUCAUAAUGGCAGUGCAACACUGUUUGGGGCUCGUCAGCUGACUUUUCGCUGCAGCACUAAUUACGAGGCACUGUCCACGAGGGAGCUUUGCUAUGUUUUUCUAGUGCGUUGAAAUGUGGAUGAGUAUUACACAGCGAAGUGCUCGCCCAUUGAAUCAAUGUUUUUUGUUUACUACUGCACUCAGUGGCUGUUUACACACCUGCUUUUAGUACUGCUUUCGUUCCCGUCGAAUUGCUGCUCCUUGAUUGUUCUAGUUUGCUGCCGUGUAUCUUUCAUUAGCCGGCCCUAAAAGCUGGACGUGUUUGUUUCCCAGUGUUUCGCAAUGUUGGUAACUUUGUCCCCUGUUAAGGAGCAUGCAUUGUGUUUAGAACAUAUUGUUUUUAGAACACGGCCUCCUAUUUGCUCUGUAGUGCGGAGGUGACAAUUUAUGUAUGUCAGGCUAGGCUUUCAUGCUCCUAAGCCUCUAAUGUCGAAGGCAGGCAAUAACUAAUGAAAUUUUAUACACGGUGCAUUGAGUUAAAACUGUCUCCUUAGGCCUUUUGAAACUGUACAUACUGAGUUUUAUACUUCUAGCUCUUUUUUACCAAUUAUUACUUUUUUUUUUUGUAUUCCACGUGCUGCCUUUGUCCACUGUGUCUAGCGAUCAUAACUUUGAGCUUACCAUGAUCGUUAUUGUUUAUGUCUGUUUUAGUGUAGCCGGCUAUGUGAGCCCUUUCUUUUUUUACGUGUUGAAAUUGAGGAAAGUGUUCCUAUUCUACAUUUGCACUAUAUAAUAGUUGAGGCUGUGGGUACGAGCACUGGCCUACGAGUUGAGGCCUAUGUGGACAUUACGAGCUCUGGCCUCCACUUUGAGGUCUUGUUUCCAAGCUCUCGUAUUGAGGAUCAAAGCUAUCGUUGAAAAGUGAGACUACAAGUCUGCAAGAGUUGUUUGAAGAGGUUACCGUAGAUGUGCAGCCGUCUUAGAGGCUUUUUGGCCAAAACACUAUGCAAAGUUUAUGUAAUGUUUACUGCCCAUACCUGUUUCUUUCUUGAUUUUACACAUUAAGUUUGUACGUUAGUUUCUGGGCACCAUCAUUUUUUGUCUGUCAGCUUCCUGAAUACUUUGAAUAUUUUAACAUUUUGCAGUACUUCAGUUCUCCAUGCUCAAGUGCUUGAAAGAACUGUUUGUUAGGGUAUGCUUAUUUUAUUAGUGAACAACUUAGAUGCAGUGGCAUUGAAUAUUGGCAAGGUUUUUUGGUUAACAAUGGGUGACAUAACUGUAUUGAAUCUAGGUGGUGCUGAUGUGACCAUCUCCGUAUGUAUGGUUGGUGUCAAAAGUCUACGGAUUACGAAAUGUAAAAGUAAGCUGAAUUUUUCCACCGCCUGUACGCGCAAUUUUAUGUUUAGAUUGCAUAUGACAUUAGUGUUGUGCGGUUUUACUAGACGUUGUUCACCGAGUGUUUGAAAAUUCAUAUUCUCGGAUCCGGUUGUUCGUAAACUUUUCAUGCUAACUGUAUCCUUGAAGGAAGAUGGGAAGUGCAGUGCCAGUGAUUCAUCCAGCAACUGAAGUUAUUUGUUUAUUGUCUGUGGACUAACUAGAAGACGAAAAUUUUUGAUGCUCCUAUUUCGGUACUUGGGGAAGGUGAUCAACUUGCAAGCUUUCUUGUCUGAUUGUGAUGUUGAUAUCUUAUUUAAGUGGCCCGUUUUAUGAACUUCACCUAAUUUCACAUUUUCUGCAUCAACGUUUCAGAAAUAGGGUUCUAGUAUAAAAUUUUCAUCACAGCUGGUUGUGAAGAACACCUGCCUUUAAGUCUUUUCAGCAAACUUUUCCUAGCAAUCUUUUUGUGGGGGGGUCUAUUGCAACGUGUGGCUGUGUGUGGUCGCUUAUCAUGUCCGAUAGCCUGCCGCAUGACCUUGUGGGCAAAUUUAGUUUUCUUUAAUGCCUUAAAAGCACUUUAUCGUAAGGUAACCACCUACCUCAUUACUGCUUUUACUUAAAGCUGAAGUGCAGCUGCUUGCUAUGCUAUUAAAAGAAUGAAAAAAAAAUGUGUUAUCUUUUUUAACGUUGGGAGCUGCUGUCAGGUUUGCUAUGUCUGCUUAUUUUUUAUGGCUGUGAACCAAAAAAAUUUGAACACAUACCGUGCCCAUAUUACACAUUGCACUUGUAAAAAAUGGACAGAUUCCGAACCACCACUUACAUACUUUUUAUUCUUUACCCACCUUUUAUCUCACCUGUUUUCUGUUUGUGUAUUAGUGUUUCAGAAUGCGUCAUCCCUUUCCUUUUUGUUUGUUUUUAUGGUGCCUUCGAACAUUUCUGCCAUGACUUGGGCAUUGUCUUCUUGUUUAUAUAUACACAUUAAAAAACAUGUCAUUAUCACUCAAGUCCUGUGUGAUGCGUUUUCUUUUGUGUGUGUUCUUUUUCUUGUGUGAAGAAGUGAGUGCGUCUUUGUAGGAAGGCAAGCGACGGCCGUGCUUUGAAGGUCUCCAAGAAUUAUUUUCCGCA